AUGGCGAGGCCACCGGGCGACGGGGAAGUCCAUCGGGCGCUGCGGGCGAGCAGUGGAGGGGCAGCGGCGGCAGUGGAGCCGACGAGCCCGGGCGAGGGUGGCCGUCGGCGGGGCGCAGAGCGGCAAACGCGCGGGGCGUUAGGCCAUGGUGGGCGGAGGCAGAGCAGCAAGCAGCGGAGCGGGGCAAGCGCGCAGGGACGGGGCCGGCGAGCUGCGACGAACGGCGAGCAGCAACGGCGGCGGACGAGCGCGGCGAGCGGCGGUGCAGCAGCAGACAACGGCGGCUGCCGGAGCUCAUACACGGGCGGCUCAGCGGCUGGAGAGUGGCGGCAGCACGGGGCAGCAGCAAGUAAGCAGCGGCAGCGGGCAGCUGCAACGGAGGAGGGCAGGAGCCGGGAGCAGCAGCAGUACAGCAGCGCGUGGACGGCGCUGGUAGCGGUUCGGGCGCGCGCGAGGUGGUCGCAUCCGCAUGAGUGGGGCAGCCAGGGCGAGGCGAAGUGGGGUGAGCGAGGCGAGGUCGCGGCGGUCCGAAGAAGUUGCUGCAGCAGAGCGCGGACGACGCUAGGCGUGUGCAGGCCGCAGCGAGCACGGGGUCAGGGUGACGGCCAUGGCACGACGACGGCGUGCGCGCGGGCGUGCAGCGCCGGGCAGUAG